GACGUCACACCCUUGAGAGCGUUGUGUAUUCGCUGAAACAGAUAUACUGAAACAAACUCGCAUCAUACAAACCACAAAAAGAACAUCUAACAUUUCAUUUCUAUAAUACAUUUUUGAAAAAUUGGUUUGAUCUGUAGGAUCUCCAAACGUUCGAAGUGCGCCGUGUUGUUGGGGUCCCAAACAAAUCAUGGAGUCCAAAGUGCAAGACGUCCAACCGUCGACCGAGAUCAUCCCCCUCGCCUUGCCCAAAGGAACCGAAAAGGUGUGCGAACUGUGUCAGAAACGAGCAUACUUGCAGUGCGCCAGGUGUCGAGUCACCUACUACUGCGAUGCGGAGCACCAGCAAUCUGACUGGAUAGGCAUCCACAAGAGGAUUUGCCAGUUGCUCAUCCCCAUUCGCACCCCUUCAUUAUUUAGUAUGCAACGUGCCGGCCGCAUUGAAAAUCUACUCAAAACGAAAGAGCUGAUUGAGAUUUGCAGGUUGGUGGCGGAGAGCAAGCUCUCAGAGGGGAAGCAUGAAGAGGCCGUGCCAGCCGCCCAGGCCUGCCUUCGCUGCUCCGUCGACGUGUACGGACCCAACACGGUCCAGCUGGUGCCAGCUUACCUGCUGCUGGCCGAUGCCAACAUGGGCAUGGGUAAUCUGGCCCUGGUGGCGGAGCUGAUGUCCCAAGCGGAGUGGGCAGUGUUGAAGAGUCCCGAAUGUGGUUAUGCGGUCCACCACCGGCUACACAGAAGCAUGGGCUGUCUCCAUACAGCCACGGGUCACUUUGAGGCGGCGCUUUUUCACUUUGCAAACGACAUAUAUUUUGCGAGUGAGGAGUAUGGUCUGGAUAGCACUGUGACGUGUGGGGGUUACUACCUCAUGGCCGAUGUGUUUGUCAAACAGGGAGAGCCCACUAUUGUUCAUUCCUUGUACAAAGAGGUGGCAGAGACCUGGCACUCUCACCUGGCCAAACUCCUGCAGAGCCACAUCCAAAAUUUACAAAAGAAUCCUGAUACAAUGGAGCCCGCCUUUGAUAAAGGUCAGCAAGUGGAAGUGGGCAAGAUACUCAGGUCCAUUUUAGAGUUUGAGCAGGACGAAAGCCGAAAGGAACCGUCUCAGGUGGCUUUGGUGGCCCAUUCACUAGCCAUGCUCUCCUACCUGGGUGGUGAUGUUACCAGGGCUCUGGGAUUUGGACAAAUGGCGCUGGAAGCGAGCCAGCUGAUACCAAACCAUGACCUGACAGAGCCCAUCCGGGCUCUGCUGCAGCUGCUGAGUAAAGAGUCCCAGCUGACUUCUGCCUAGGAUCUACAACAGUCCCACUGAGAAUAGACAUUGUCAAGAGCCCCGUGAUAUUUGUUGUAUUCAUUUGAGGUGUUUUUUUUUUCUCCCAAAAGUGGUAGUCAGUUAAUCUUUACCUUGUCUUGAUUUUGGCAUUCAUUUGUUAUUCACUUCAGGAGGAUUCAAUCUGAGUCGUUUCACUGUACCAAAAAAGCAGGCAUUUUUUAUCAUAUGCAUUGUAUUUGUAUUGAUCAUAAUGAGUAUUUUGCAUUUUGGGGUAAAUAUCCCAUUUUAGUGCCAAGCAUUGUCUUUUUCUGCAGUUUGAUGGUUACAGAAUAGAUAUGUACACAUAAUAUUUGAUUUAUGUUCAUCACAAUAUAGAUGUGUCACGUGCACUUUGUCAUUGUGAAAUAUCUAAUUUGAAAUCAAUUUAUACAGUCCACUUGCUAAAUCGUGUUGCUGUCUGCAUGUAGCUCGUAGUUAAUUUAUAUAUUUUUUAAAAAAGAGGAGGAGCUUGGCCAAUAUGCAUUUGUAACAACAAAAAUGUACUUAUGAUAAAUAUGAAGUUCAAUAGAAAAUCUCUUGGGCGAAACCGGCAGGUCUCAAGGUACUGUACCUGAAGUGAUAUUGAAUCAGAUACGGCACUUUUUAUACAAUAUAAUACAAUACAUCCUGAUUUAUAUAGCGCUUUCACAACAGAUGCAGCUGUAGCACAGCGCUUUACAAAACAUUUAACAGAGUAAAUAUUAAACACAUAACAUAAAAAACACGGACAGUCGUACGAUCUUAACCACAAUCUUAACCUUAUAUGAAAUGCAAAGUGCCCGAUAUGUGGAUAUUGAAAUAAAAGGUGUACAUUAACACCGCAUAUUUUCAGCAAGCGUCUUAAUAUUUGGAAAUAAUUGUCUUUUAACACCAUUAGGGAGUGAAGAUACGAGGGACACACUUUUUUGUUUCUGAAUAAUGACUUGCCUUUAUUUUGAUCUAAAAAAAAAAAAGAAAAAGCAAGAA